UGGAGGCCAUUUGUCUUCCGAGCACCCGCUUCUGGGUUCCUCUGCCCCUCCCCCCUGCGCCUCGGCGGCCUGCCGAUUUCGCGUAGUCUUCUGCGCCUGCGCCAAGAGCGUGGGCUCUCGGGAGUGGUUAUGUUGUGGCGGCGGUUGCUGUAGUGAGAAGCCCCACAUGGAGCCUCCCCCGGGCACAGCAGAGGAACCUGAGCUGAGACAUGUAGAAAAAGAUGUGUUAAUUCCAAAAAUCAUGAGAGAGAAGGCAAGAGAGCUAUGUUCAGAUAAAGUGCAAGCUUUUACCGAAUGCUGCCAAGAGUCUGGCUUUCUUAUGGUGGUGAAAUGUCGACAGGAAAAUGCAGCAUUGAAAGAAUGUCUGACUACCUACUAUAAUGAUCCAGCAUUUUAUGAAGAAUGCAAAAUCGAAUACUUGAAGCAAAGGGAAGAAUUCAGAGCUACUGGAAUUCCUGCUAAACAAAGACAACAGAAGCUUCCUACAAGCAUGUAGCCAAAUCCUAAAAUGAAGUUUGGAAAUUUACUUCAGUUAUCGACAUAUGUUGAUUUGAUGGAGUAAGUAAGUUAAUUGAAUAAGCAGACUCAAUUUGGUUUAAAAAAAUAAAUUUGUCUGAGGCAGGAUUUGAUUGAAAUAAAUGUAGCUCAUGUUGUAUUUUGUGUAUUAGGAAUAAACUCUUCUAUGAAUUAAUCCAAAAUAACUAGGAUAUAUUUUUGACCUGCUCCAAGGGUUUGAGGAACUCUUUUGUGUAGCCUAUUUUGAGUAAAAAGUUGUUAGACCAAUCCAUUCUUACUGAACGUUCUCCUGACUUACCCUCCCUCCACUAAUAUUCGAAUUUAGAUUUUUUUGUAAUCAAAGGAAGACAUUUUGCUUCUGUUUACCCAAGGUAAUAAAUUCCAGCUACUGUCUAUUUAAAAGAACAAUUUAAGGUGUGCCUUUACUUUCUCAUUUAACAUUGUUACAGCUGCUGUACAACACUGUGUAUGUGUGAACCAGUUAGGCUUGAAAAAAUAUUCUGUACUUAUCUUGGGAAAAGUGCCCUAUCAGGAAUUGUUCAAACACGAUAUUUUUAAAAUUCUACUUGUGACUAAUUUAACUCUGAUCAAAUGAUUUUAAUGUCUCUGUUUCUUAUUACUCAGCUAAAGUGUGAUGAUGAUAUAGCUCACUACUGUAGAGAUUAUCAUUAAAAGGAGUAUGUAAUAUAAUAACUAAAGGUUUAGUCAGGCCUACACAGAGCACUGGUAACUUUCUGCUCCUGAGAACAUGCCAUCUCAAUCUUCAUUACAGUCCCUUCUGCCCCAUUCAAUAGCUCGGGCCCCAUUACUCAUUACUUUAGAGUAGUUUUCUCUGCUUAGGAAGCUCACAUCUUAAGGAAAUCUCUUUCAGAGACAGAAUGCAGCUGAGACACUGGCAGGAGCAUAGUUUAAGGAAAAGGUACUCUCAGUGUAAGGUUUCUUUUUAGUGAAAGCUGGAUUGUGAGAAAAGGCUUAUGGGAAGAGAGGAAAAGAAACAAGAACAUACUAGGCUAAAGAAGUCUCCAGAAGAGAAACAAGGCACAAAGUGUCAUGGGAAUUUUAACCAUCACUUAAAGAAAAAGCAGACCAUGCCCCAAACAAGAUAAUGCUAGGAGGUAAGAAAGGGUAGUAGAGAAGAGCAAACAACAGGCAGUAGGGUUUAUUUUGAAGUUUGCAUGAUGGAAUGAAUGGUCCAGCCAGUAGAGGGCGGAGACUGGUAAUCUGUCUCUUCCUGCCAGGCAGUGUUACUCCAUUUCAUUCGUUUUUAAACUCAGCAUCUACGGCUGAAAGAGGUGUUAGCAGACCAAGAUAUUGCUUUAUAGAAUAAGAAAAUGGCUGCCACAAUCUGAAAUUGGCCUCAGAAAAAUUUAGAUCAAGACCAAGAGCACUUCUGUCUUUUGAAGGGGAGAGGGUGCUUACUGAAGUAUUAAAACAGAUGCAGUUAGUUUAGUAUCAUUCCUCCCCUACCUUCCUGUUUCAAAAGAAGUGAUAAUGCUUAUAUCAUUAAAAACCUAGUUUACACAAUAGAAUUGAGUUGCUGCACUUGCGAAAUUAUUGUGGAUGGUGAUAAGUAAGCAACCAAACGUGUAUACGAAACAAAACUCUGGGUAAGGCAAGGGUCUAGUAAGAAACCAAGGAAAUGGAAGUGAUAGACAAAGCCAGAAUUGUUUCUAGAUGUUAUAUAGCAUUUUCUGGCUUUGCUUACUGUUUGAAAGAAGCUGUCUCUUUAAAAUGCUGUCUUGCACUUGGAUUACUGUAUCUGAAAAAUCCAAGAAGGGAAAAAAAAAACCUACACAGGUGUGUUAGUUAAAAAGAUAAAACUUGAAACUGUAGUGUCCUGUCUAAGCAUUAAAGGGCAGUUUGGGGGUUGCUAAGUUUUGGGGAGUUUGUCUCUCCUGUAAAUAAUUUGCUUGUAACUUUAUUUUGAAGAGAAUACAUUUCUUACAGCAGGAGACUUGCAUGCACUGUUAAAACCAGUAAGUACGUUUCAGAUGAACAAAUUACUUGAGUAUGCAAGGCUCAGGGAAGCUUCUACUGCUUUUCCCCCACUGAAGAGAUUUGUUCAGUGAUUUUUGUAUUUAAUUGUUGCCUGUCAGUACCUUUUAUCACCACAAUUGCUCCUGAAUUAUUGAAAUGGAAAGUCUGCUUGGUCAUG